AUGGGAAUUUUAUCAUGGGCUCGCCCCAGUGGAAGAAUCUCCUUUUUUAGCUCCAAAGAAAACAACCUUUUUCUCACCAGGAAAGCCGGCAAAUCGGGUGCAAAGGAGCAGACCACACUGGCCAAGCUCUGCCGGACUGCCACGCCAAAAAGAUGUGAUCUCAAUCCUUUCCUGUUCAACGGCCAUCUGCAAACUUGCUGGACUGCAGUGAAAUUCGACAGCGUUCCUGUGUACUACAAGCGCCGCAUUUUCGAGGCGGAUAGCGUCAGGUACCAGGGGCAGUUUGCGAUUGACUUCGUCGUUGAGCCGUACGAAGCCCCCAAUGACGCCCACGCAACCGACGCGGAGAGAAAGUACACCCUGCCAUCGGGUCUCCCGGAACGGACGGCAAUGCUAUCGGAGGAGGAAUUCGCUGCGUUGCCUUCAGAAGAUACGAAGCCCAUGCUCGUGGUUCUCCAUGGUUUGAGCGGUGGCUCCCAUGAACUCUACCUCCGCCAUGUAGUCCACCCCAUGGUUGCGAACCGCGAAUGGGAAGCUUGCGUUGUGAACUCGAGAGGCUGCGCCCAAACAAAGAUCUCUACUGGUGUUCUCUACAACGCUCGUGCUACUUGGGAUGUCCGUCAGGCAGUGAAAUGGCUGCGAAAGACUUUCCCUAAUCGGCCCCUCUUUGGUAUUGGUUUCUCUCUCGGUGCAAACAUCCUGACCAACUACCUCGGCGAGGAAGGCGAUGCUUGCGAGCUGAAAGCAGCAGUUAUCUGUGCAAGCCCUUGGAAUCUGGAACUUAGCUCACAUGCUCUUCAAAGUAGCUUCAUGGGUCUACAGGUGUAUAGCAAGGUUAUGGGAACCAGUAUGAAACAGCUUUUCGAACAGCAUGCCGAAGAGGUUAUUAAGAACCCUAGGGUUGACGCAGAAGCAAUCCGGAGCAUCACUUAUUUGCACGAAUUUGACAGGGCCUUACAAUGCGCGCUGUGGGGCUAUCCUACAGAGGGCGCCUACUAUCGUGAUGCAACUUCUACCGAUUCCUUGCUCGCGAUCCGGAUCCCCUUCUUUGUGAUCCAAGCCGAGGAUGACCCAAUUGCAAGUAUCUCCGCGCUUCCUUUCCAAGAGAUUGCUCAAACGCCGUACGGCGUUAUGAUGACAACGUCCUGGGGCGGACAUCUAGGCUGGUUUGAAUUCGGCGGCGAUAGAUGGUUUGCGAAGCCGGUAACUAAUUUUUUGAAUACCAUGGCCAACGAAAUUGAUCUUAAAUCGCCUCCUGUGGUUGAGAAGCCCGAAAUGGUGCAUGGCCAAACCUCCGACACCCACAAAGAUGCCGCUAUAGAGUCCACGGCGGCAAGCUUCACUCCGAUGCAGCGUAAACUUACUCUGCCUAUUAUCAAUUAG